GACUGAACACCACAAGAGGGCGUGUCCUAGGCUAGCGGAGUUUGGGACUGGGCUCGGUUGCUCGGCAACCAGUGUACGGGCCGAUGACGUGUAUCCCGCGGUUGCCGGCUCAGCCCUGUCACUUCCUGGUUCACCCUCACCAACUGCGGGCUCUUCACCAUCAUGUCUCACCAGACCGGCAUUCAGGCAAGUGAUGAUGUUCGAGAAACCUUUGCCAAAGCCAGGAACGGAAAGUACAGACUGCUAAAGCUGGAUAUCGAAGAUGAGCAAUUGACUGUGAGCGUUCGUGAAAAACCAGUAAGCUCUUGGGACAAAGACUACGAUGACUUUAUAUUACCAAUUUUAGAAGAUAAGCAACCAUGUUACAUUUUGUAUCGGUUGGAUUCCCAGAAUGCACAGGGUCACGAAUGGGUCUUCAUUGCCUGGUCACCAGACUACUCUCAUGUACGACAAAAAAUGUUGUAUGCUGCAACUAGAGCCACUGUGAAAAAGGAAUUUGGAGGUGGGCAUAUAAAAGAAGAGCUUUUUGGAACCACUAAGGAGGAUGUUUCACUCAGUGGAUAUAAUAAGUAUUUAGUUUGCCGUUCAGCUCCUGCCCCUCUUACUGCAUCAGAAGAAGAGCUAAGGCAAAUAAAGAUGAAUGAGAUUCAAACGGAUAUUGGUGUAGACACAAAACAACAGACUCUCCAAGGGGUUGCUUUCCCAAUACAGAGAGAUGCAUUCCAAGCACUGGAACAGCUAAAAAACCAUAAGCUAAACUAUGUUCAGUUGAAAAUAGAUAUACCAAAUGAAGUCAUUGUUUUGGCAAACACGGCAUACACAGAAAUGAAGGAUUUGCCGGCAAGAGUUCCGAAGGAUGCUGCACGCUAUCACUUUUUCUUGUACAAGCAUUCACAUGAAGGAGACUAUUUGAAUUCUAUAGUGUUUAUUUAUUCAAUGCCGGGCUAUGCAUGCAGUAUACGAGAGCGUAUGCUGUAUUCCAGCUGCAAGAGCCCUUUGUUAGAUGUUAUUGAAAACAGGCUGAUGAUGGAAAUUGCCAAAAAGAUGGAGAUAGACAAUGGGGAAGAACUAACUUCAGACUUCCUUUACGAUGAAGUACACCCGAAGCAACAUGCGCACAAGCAAAAUUUUGCAAAGCCCAAGGGCCCAGCAGGGAAGAGGGGUAUAAGGAGGAUGAUCAGGGGUCCAGCAGAAGCUGAAACAACCAGCGACUAGACCAGCAUCUAGAAACAAGACAUCAUGUGUGGAGAUACAGGACUGUAAUCAUUCCAUGCCUUUAUUUUUGUAGGCAGAAUACAAAGUGCCUCAUGAUCAAAAGUGUCUAAUGGGAACAGCUUGUUACUUCUAGCAAUCAAUCAUAUUCUCACUCAUAUUUUCCUAUGUUGCACUGAAAGCAUAAAUGGGGAAUUUGAUUGGUUUGAGCAAAUGACACAAUUCUCUCAGAUGCUUUUAGUCAUGAGGCCCAAUGUCUCUUUAGGUGUGUCAUUCCAUGUAGUAAACUCCACUUGCACCUUUUAUGUUACUCCCUUUUUUAAUUUCAGGCUGGAAGAAUAUAGUGUUCUAGUGUGUUGCAUACACACACGUAAAUGGAUGAAGUAGAGAUGUGCGGCAGUGCAUUACUGAUCUAGACAGUGUACAGUCUUUCAAAAGAAUGAUUGACCGUACAGCAUAUCAUUGAUGUGUUGGUUUUGUUAAAGUAGAUUGCUUGAUAAUAUGAGAUGUAGGAUUCUUUUCUUUUACUUUUCUUUUUAUAGGCAAAUUAACCCACUUAACAUUUUCCUUUUUUUAGGUUCCGAUUUGGUUGAUGUAUCCACAUACAUGUUUUAUUUUAAAAUAGGUUGGUAAUAUGCAAUAGAUUUUGAUCCUGCUCUAGUUCUGUACUAUAAGUAGAGAAAACACUAUUUUUUUUUAAUGUGUAUAUUUUAUAAUUUACUUGGAUUUAGUAUUUUAUGAAAUCUAAUCUGUGGCUGCCUGGUGCAGCCAUUCCAGUAACCAGCACUCAGUAUUUACCUCAGCCAUUCAGUAGAACAUUUUGUACUUGUCUCUACUUCACUUGAUAUACAGUGCAUUGCCUCUGUUAUAAGUCACUCGGAACACUGCCAUGCACCAAAUCCCAACCACUAUUACUACAUUUCUAUGCACAAUAGAACAAUAAUUAGUUGAUUGUGGCUUAUAAAAGCCCAAGUGCACUGUCUCUUUAAAGGAGAAGUCCAGCUUAAGCUUGUUUUGGCUGGGCUUUUGCACUCCGGUGACCUGUUUUCAGCAGAGAGCGGGCUGAAGUCCACUCUCUGCUGAUGUCAGUCCAGGAAUCGGUCAUCAUGACAAAGUCUGGAUUUGCCAGGUGCCUGGACUGAUACCCUCGCCUUAGACGGUUGCUCCCCGUCCCUCCACGGGUCAGCGUGGAGGAUCAGAACGGAGAGAUGCUGAUUGACAGUCAGCAGCUUUCCGCUCAGGGAUCUGUGAGAAUUGAGCCAUUGGCGAUGUUUGAUGGCUCGGUUCUCAAUGUAGAGGUGCCGGGGGACAGGUGCAGCAUCGGACCAAUGCUGCAUCCACUUAGGCAAGUAUGAAUGGGGGG